AUAUCUCUCGUUCGUACCUGCUUUGAGAUAACACAAACAGCCUAUGGUCGGUCAAUUUGGGUACUCAAUCAAUAGUAUACGAAAGUAUCAUUAUUAGUCUAUUAUCCGCUGUGAACCCAAUUGCAGAGAGGUCACAAAUCACGAGCUCGUGUCUGUUUGAUGGUUUUGAAGAAAAUGAUGAUCGAAUUGCUCAUCCUCGGAAUUGUUUUGAUCUCUGCAGGAGCAGCUCCAACAGAUUCUAAACAAGGAGAAUUGAAGGAUUUUCCGUUAGAUGAGAUUAUUCCGAAUAGAUUUUCGCAGAAAGAGUUUGGCGCUAGUUGGAUAACAGGUAACGAGUUGUUAUAUCGGAAUGAUGAUAAUAAUUACGUCAGAUUCAACGUGGAAGACAAAACAGAAAGUGUUCUAUUGGAAUCCAAAGAUUUGGCUAUCUGGCCUGGUGCAUCUGUUCAAUUUAUAAAGCCUGAUUUUAAAAAGGUGUUAAUUCGCUACGCUAUUAGAACAGUUUUCCGUCAUUCGACACUCUCGAAAUAUACUGUACUAGACACUGUGACUGGAAUUGCAUAUGAAGUCGCCAAUGGGGAAGAAGUGUCCAUUUGUGUUCUCUCUCCAACUGGCCAAACAUUGGUCUACGUGAAGGACAACAACGCCUACUAUAGGCCGGAUCUGCUAAGCAAUAUUGAAAUCUCUUUAACCCAGGAUGGUAUCCCUGGAAUCAUCUAUAAUGGCGUCCCCGAUUGGGUUUACGAGGAGGAAGUUUUCGGAACGGACGCAACUUUAUGGUUCUCGAACGAUGGAACUCACAUUUCCAUGGCCAGUUUUGAUGACACUGCGGUGAAGGAGUUCACGUAUCACAUAUAUGGAGACCCAGAAGACCCUGAACAUCAGUAUCCCGAAGAAUACACGAUUAGGUACCCCAAAGUCAACAAUACCAACCCAAAAGUGUAUCUAAGGGUAAUGGAUUUAACAGCUAAUCCACGUGUUUGGACGCAAGUACUCGCACCAACUGAUAUUGUCGGAAAUGAUCACAUUCUAGGAACCGUCAACUGGAUUGGUCAAGAUUUAGGAAUAAUUUGGACCAAUCGAAGACAAAACGUGGCAACUUAUCAGCGUUGUAAUGUGCAGUCCUCACAAUGUUCGGAGCUUGCCAGGAUAGAUGAACCAACGGGAUGGUACGAUCUGUAUACUCCAAAGUGUACUACAUCUGGCGAUCGAUGUUUUUUCCUGGGUAACAACAAUGGUUGGCGACGGGUUUGGGAGCUUGCCGCUGGCUCGGUAAUUUACAAAACACCCGAACAAUUCACUGUGACGGCAAUCAAUGGGUUCGACGAAGCGAAGAACAACCUUUACUACACAGCAGUUGCAUUUGAUGCACCCCACCACCGACAGGUUUAUCGAGAUGGAGAUUGUAUAACGUGUUCGCUGCUAAAGGAUGAACUUCAGGAUGACACUCCAUGCAAUUACGCCAGCAUUACUCUAAGUCCUGAUUUCACAUAUUUUGCUGCAACUUGUUCUGGGCCUACACCUUCGUAUACACAGAUUUUUCGAACGGAAGGAUUGCAACCAAUAAUGGAUUGGCAGGUGAAUAAGGAUCUUAGAGAAAAGCUGAGUGGUUACAAAAUGACCAAGAUCCGGUACCUUAAGGUACCAGUGGGAAACAGCGGAUACAAAGCAUCUGUCCGCUUGUAUCUUCCUCCGGAGAUUGAUUUUGAAAAUCUUCAAAAUAACAAAAAGCAGUAUUCGAUGAUUGUUCAGGUAUAUGGAGGACCCAAUUCAGUACGAGUUAUCGACAGUUUUGGCAUUGGAUUCGGCGAUUAUUUGACUACAACGAAGAAAACUAUCUAUUGUCAAAUUGAUGGCCGUGGAACUGGUAAUCAGGGUUACAACUUUCUAUUCACUAUCAACGAUCGUUUGGGGACAUUUGAAAUCGAGGAUCAAAUUAAGGUGACGCAGUAUCUUCAAAAUAAUUAUAAUUUUAUUGAUCGGAAUCGUACUGGUAUUUGGGGUUGGAGUUACGGAGGAUAUGUUACUUCGAUGACACUAGAAAAGGAUACCGAACAGACGUUCAAAUGUGGAAUAUCUGUUGCUCCGGUCACAUCGUGGAUGUUCUACGAUUCCAUCUAUACGGAACGAUACAUGGGACUUCCAACGGCGGAAGACAACCAAGUUGGAUAUGAUAGAGGAGACGUCAGUCGAUAUGUGAACGGAAUAAAGAAUCAUCUGUUUUUGUUGAUCCAUGGAAAUGCCGAUGAUAAUGUGCACUACCAAAACUCGAUGGUAUUUGUACGUGCAUUGGUGGACGAAAAUAUUGAAUUCGAACAAAUGAGUUAUCCUGAUGAGGCCCAUGGACUUACUGGUGUACAACAACAUCUUUAUCAUACUAUGGAUCAUUUUUGGGAUCAGUGCUUUGAGAAAAAUGAUUGAAUAAAAUAAACGAAUUGAGCUGAGUACUGCAUGAAA